AUGGCUUCAGAAGGAGAUAGUGAUGCAACAGGAUGGCCUUAUGUGGUACUUGAUAUAGAUGCCAGGGUUGUAAAGGAAGGUAGAAAACUUGGUUUUCCUAUUAUUUACGGGGAUGGAUCAAGUCCAGGUGUUCUUCAAUCUGCCGGUAUCUCAUCUCCAAAAGCUAUCAUGAUUAUGCUCACUGAGAAGAAAAAAUUAGUUGAAGCUGUUCAGAGGCUACGAUUGGCUUUUCCUGCAGUUCCAAUAUAUGCCAGAGCUCGAGAUCUAAAACAUCUUUUAGAUUUAAAGAAAGCAGGUGCGACGGAUGCCACUAUGGAAAAUGCAGAGACUAGCUUACAACUUGGUUCUAAAUUGCUGAAAGGCUUGGGGAUGAUGUCCGUUGAUGUAGCAUUUUUGAGCCAGCUUGUUAGAGACUCUAUGGAGCAACAAGCUGAGGUAGCAGUCAGCUUACCAGAUUAUAGGGAAUCAAAUAUUAUGGAACCACUGCAGGUGAGAGUUGCUGAUAUAAAGGAGUCACGCAUUCCGGUGGCAACUACUACUACACCAAAAUAUGAAUUAUCAGUACAGAACCAGAAAGAUCAAGCUUCAUUGAGUAGAAUUCAGAAGGAAGUUGAUCCUGAAGAAGACGAAGAAGAUUAUGAACUAAAUCAAGCUGUUAAGUUUGAAGAAAAUGGUGCUUCCCCUACUGCUAAGGAUGUUGCGAAUCUAACUAAUUAUGCUAUUAAUAAAUUGGCAAAUCAACAUGCUGUUGCUUCAGCAGUUGCCCCCGCACCAGUGAAAAACCCCCAGCCCUGA